AUGAUGCACGUCGUCCUCGGUGGUCCCGCCGUCUUUCUUAUCCCGCCGGGGAUCAUCCUCUUUGCUUCACUCCCCCUCUCGCCUCGUCGCAUUCUACAGUCCAUCCCUAUCAAUACCGGCCAGAUGCGGAAAACACAGAGCUUGGCCACGGCGAUCUUCCCCAUCACGAGGUUUCGCAAAUGUCUCGUCUUGUUUUUCCCUUGCGGAAGCUCCUCCUGGCUUCCAAAGUUCACGGUGGAUGACACCAUUACGCCGGCCCAGAAUCCCCGUCGACUACGCGCCCAGGACGACCGGACGAAAGGGCUGACGUCCGGAUGGGGUCAUAAUGAGACCUGCCGUGUCUAA